UUCCGUCACUCUGCGGCAUGGCGGCCCCCGCCCCCGCCGACACCGGGCGCUGGUUUGGGUUCGGCUUUAAUCUCUUCGGGCAGACGGUGAACGGCGUGGAACCGGCCGGGGGCCCGGUGCUCGAGCCCCGCGAGGUGACGGCCUGCAACUCGAGGCCGGACCGAGGGAGCUCCGCUCCGGCAGCCCGGCCUGAGGCGGGCGGUGACAGCGAGCCGGCAACGAACGGCGGCGCCAGGCCGAGUCCGCGGCCGCGGCAGCGGGUCACGGCCUGUAGGGUCUCCCCCGCCUGGAGUCACUCCGCCUGUCUGACCGAUGAUGGAUCUGUUUAUUUCUGGGGGUUUGUUGCUGGUGGCCCUUGGCAUCAGAUGUACAUUAACAACCAAGAUCUGCGAGGAUGCGAAGACAUCCUGUCCUCCGAGAAAUACCUGCUAACGUUGUGGCGGGACAGGGUGCAAUGCUGGGACAUCUCAAGCCUCUCCCGUACCAGAGAGGCCACAGAUGCUGUGGUUUGGACAAAACAUCUGCAGGAGGAAGAGAAACCAAAUGCAGCAUUUCCAUUAAUCCCUGGUGGUUACAUUACAACAACUCCUCCAUUUUACAAAUCAUUAUCACCACUGCUUCAUGCAAGAAAGUUGGUGCUUGGCAGUGAACAUGCUCUCCUGCUGACCUUUGAUUGGACAGUAUAUUCCUGGGGCUCAGGACGACAUGGUCAGUUGGGACAUGGUAGUGUUGAGGAUGAAGUGGAGCCACGGAUUGUGGAGGCGUUACAUGGCUUGGCUAUGGCUGAGUUGGCAGCCGGGGCCUGGCACUCCGUAUGUGCCAGUGCCUCAGGAGACCUGUACGUGUGGGGUUGGAACGAGUCCGGACAGUUGGGACUGCCAGCAAAAUCGUGUUCGGGGGACGAACAUCAGAAGCUCUCCCAACAGACAGGACUCUCUGGGGAAGGUGUACCGGCCCUGAGUGAUGCAGGUGACAAGGUUAAAAAAUCCACCACAGAUAAAGCAGCCGUAGGAAAUACAAAUGUGUUCAUUUCAAUACAAGCAUUUCCAGCACUGUUGGACUUCCCUGGGGAACUGGAGAUCAGCAAAGUCAGCUGUGGGGCGAGACACACUGCAGCUGUCACCAGAAGUGGCAAGCUGUUCACAUGGGGCUGGGGGAACUAUGGACAACUUGGCCAUGGUCAGACCGAUAGCACUGACCUUCCAAGGCUUGUUGAGUACUUCAUAAAAAACCAUCUUUCUGUGCUGGAUAUUGUCUGUGGCCCAUGGAACACUUUCGCGUUUGCACAAGGGAAGAAUUUUAAAUCUUGAGUGAAUUGUGCGCUGAUAGUGCAAUGUUUGUGUUUAGGAUCAUGAGGAACAUCAGCCGAGUGGCUCAGUGAAUUUUACUGUCAGGAACUGUAGGUUUGGCUCUCGAUCACUGAUUAGUUACUGGGCAUUUGCUGCCUUGCUAACAAGUUGUGUUGGAGACUUGCUGGCCCACGUUUCAUGCUCCUGAUUGUCGUGUAUCCCGAUGAGGGCAGGACUGUAACACUUCUUUGACAAACUAUCUGGGAUAACCAUUUAUCUUGACGUGAGAGGAGCUGAGAUCUCCAUUGCAUUGUGGACUUACAGGGAUUAGCAUUUUCAGGGUGAGGAGGGAUGCAAUGAAAAACAUAAGCCUCUCCCUUCAUGUCAGGGCAGAGCUGAUCUGAGCAUCAGAAGAUAUCAGUGAUCGUAUGGAGACUUGUUAAAUAAUGUGUUUUUAAUACAGAAAAAUGUAUAUUGAAUUUUUUGCUAAAAUUGCUCCCUGUUUUUACAUAUCGUGUGUAAUGUUUUACUUAUAGCCCCUUACUUAGAUCGUUACUGAACAGUAUUAUAUGCCUUUGUCUAGCAACUCAGCAUAUGGAAUCUAAUAAUCUCUGGGCUCUUUGUCUUGUCAUUGCCUGGUAAUCUUGGAUUCCAAUUCAAAUGGUUUAGAGAGUAUGCAUUAUGAAGGGAGACUAAGGGCGCUAGGGCUUUACUCUUUGGAGAGGAGGAUGAGAGGAGACAUGAUAGGGGUGUACAAAAUAUUAAGAGGAAUAGAUAGAGUGGCCAGCCAGCACCUCUUUAAUGCUCAAUACAAGAGGGCAUGGCUUUAAAGUAACAGGUGCAAAGUUCAAGGGAGAUAUCAGAGGGAGGUUUUUUUUACCCAGAGAGUGGUUGGGGCAUGAAAUGCGCUGCCUGGGGCGGUGGUAGAGGCAGGUACAUUGGUCCCAUAUCUGUAUUGGACACCCUGGUCGACAAUGUUCGUUGGAUCUGUGUUGUCACAUUGUUUGGGAUGCUGCCCUUGUUCAGAGUUGCCAUGGGAAAGCCCCUUAUAGUCUAUUCUCUUUGAAAAGUUAGCAGUUUUCACAACAGGUCGAGACAUAAUUUUUCAGGGUGGUGAGGAAGGCAUUAAGCACACUUGCCCCUCAUCAGUCAGGGCACUGAAUGCAAGAUGUUGGUACGACCACAGUUCUGAGCAGUUCUGGUUAACAAGCUAAAAGAAGGAUAUCAUGAAGCUGGAAAUGGUGCAGAAAAUAUUCACAAGGAUGUUACUGGGACUGCAGGGCAUGAGUUAUGAGGCGACAUCAGGGCUUUUUCCCUGGUGUGUAGGAGGCUGAGGGGUGACCUU